AUGGACCACACUCCGCGGCACAACCAACUCUUUCACUUCUUCACACUUCGAAGCGUGCUACCGACAAGUAGUAUGCCGCAAUGGGCCGGGUGGUUGGUCGCCCUGGCCCUCACCUUCGCCCUCUACGCCCUCUACCACCACGCCCCCUCCGCCCUCUUUGGCCCAACCUCCGACGUCGACGCCGGCGACGGCGCCGUAGACGAACCGGGGACAUCCGACAACCACGACCAGGCGGCCGGCGACACGUUCUCCCAGACCCAGUUCCUGGCGUGGAUGGCGGCACAGGCCAAUGCCGCACCGGCGUGGCCGGCCGAGUGGGCCAAGCUCGACGCGCUGCUCUGGGGCCAGGGGCUCGAAGGCCACAUGGAAGCCGAGCAGGCCCACUACUACGCCGCCGUCGGGCGGCUGCCCUUCGUGCGCACCGUGUGCGAAAUCGGGUUCAACGCGGGCCACUCGGCCACCGUGUGGCUCACCAGCCAGCCCGGCCUGCGCCUCCAGUCCUUCGACAUCGGGCUUCACGGCCUUGAGCUCGUCCCACGCCCUCUGCGUCGCCUGGCAGUGGCCGAGCCCACACCGCAGGUCGUCCAUCAGCAGAAUGCUGUGCGGCCCGGCCAGCGCGCGCAUGUUGACCAAGUCCAACCGCGGCACCUCGCCGAAGUGCCCGCCGUCCACGCGCAACACGUCGCACACGAACCCCGGAUUGCGCUCGGCAAAGUCCGGCACGGCCUGCACCGAGUCGCCGAGCGGUCAGGCAAAGUGUAA